GGAGGUGGUUCGCUCGCAAUUCGUUGUAACAAAGCAGACUUCCGGCACCUUAGUGCUCGAAUGGCCGACACCAAGGUUGCCUUUUCUGUCAAACGAAAUUAUUUCUGACGUGAUCGAAAUCAUGUAAAUGUUCACCGAUAACUUGGAAAAAUCGUUGGAACGUGGGUAGAUCGAUGCGUGGAUCGUGGAAACGGGGUGUGUCCGUGGUUUUAAUCAACAACAACGCAAGAAGAGGCACCGGUGUCUCUUCAAAUUUUGGAUUCACCAAGAGGGUAAUCCCUGUUCUUUGCUGGGGGUGUAAAUAGAAGCGGGUAACUAAAACCGUACGAUACCGAGAACCGAGGCACAAUAAGUUCGCUUAAGAAUGCAAUUCAGAUGAUCCGAAAUACUUGACAAACCAAAUCGACAUUAUGAAUUCGAACAUAGUUAUGGAGGAUAGCAUGAGUGUUAAAUCAAUGGAAUCAGUGGCAACAAGUGAUGAAUAUGAAUUUGUAAAUGACAGAGGUAAUGGCAAACAUCAACAAACAUUAAUCAGUGAAUUACCAAUGUUGAAAAUUGCCAAUAACGGCAAUUUUGAAGAUCUUCAAAAUAAUCUUCGUGAGGUAUUGACAGAAGAUUCAAAAAUGGAAAGCAAUGAUUAUAAAAUUGUGAGCAGUGCGCAACAAAAUCAACCAAAAUCUAAAAAAGUGGGACAAAGUAAAUUUUAUGAUGUAAGUUCUUGUAUGGUUGCAUCUGAGAAACAGGAUAUUAUGAAACCAGAAGAUUAUAUUGAUGAAGAAAUAAAUUCCCUGGCUAAUGUUCAACAAGAAUGCACUAUUUUUAAUGGGGUGACUUACCUGGGAUCGGCAACGAUAAACGCGCCUAAAUCAGAAUGUGAAAUACAGCGCAAUAUGAACAUAUUAAAUGCAGAACAAUCCCUUAAUUUGGGAAUUAAAGUAUCCGUUUCUGUACCAAGUAGUUCACAAGGUUCUGUUGUUUUAUAUGAUGCUGCUACUCAACAACCAAUUGCACAUUAUGAAGUACAACGAAUCCUAUUUUAUGCGCGUGGUGAAAGUGUUGGUCCAUGCGCAGCAUGUUUUGCUUUUACAUGGUCACAUGGGGAUACAUUGGAAUCUGCCAUUUAUCAGUGUCAUGUUUUCCGGUGCGAUAUACCAGAAGCAGUAGGACAAGUUUCUGCUUGCUUUUCUAAAGCCUUCCACAGAAUACCACGUUCGAUGACUAGCUCUCUAACAGGAAGUGAUUUCAAUGGGUUUAACAUUGGAAGUGAAAAAACUAAUUCUCGUGUAUUUAUUUUUGAAGUAACAAUGGAAAUAAAAGAAGAGGAUGGAAAAGGAGGUUUCAGUAUAGUUCCUAAGGAUAGAAAUUGUUUUAAACUUCGAAAUAACGUAGCUAAACAAGUGUGUUUAAGUAUUCAGCAAGUUUCUAGCAAAGAAGGAGGAAUUACUCUUGAAGUUGAGAGGUGCUUUGGAGUCCUUGUUAGUCCUGGACGCAAUGUUAAACAUAGUGAUAUGCGCCUGCUUGAAAUGCAAGUUAAUGCUGGUCCACUAGUUCAAGAUAAACAAUGUUACAACAUAUGUGGGCACUGGGACCCUGCAGAUCCAGCUUUAGAAACUCUCAAUAUUGAAACCCCAAGAGAAGGAAAAAUUUAUAUGACAGUUGCAGUUGAUUUAGUAAUACGUGGUAUCCGAGAACCCGUCAGGUUUAUAAUAGAGACAUUAGUUAAAGUAUUUCCACAAAAUGAAAGAUUUUGGUAUUUUAAUAAACGAAAUCUUGUACAACAAUUUUACCUUAACUCAAAAGAAAUAAUAUCCGGAGAUGGUACGGAAGUUCACUAUGAAGUACAAAGUAUAGAAACUUCAGGAGAGCUGGAUAGAAACAGAUUAAAUCUCGCCCUUAAUUUAGCAUCACUGAUUCGAUCUCCUUCUUUAACUAGCAUUGACACACUUACACCUAAGGAGGAAAUAGACUCAGAUGGAGAUGAACCGAUGUUAAGUGGCACAGGUGAAGUAUCAAAAGAUUGUUCUGCAGACGAACUAGCUAGUUGGGCAGAAGUACUAGACAGUUGGCAAGUUAAUGAACAACGUCCAAAACUUCUUAUAAAACUUACAAAGCAAGGUAUUCCUGAAGCACUACGCGGAGAAGUAUGGCAACGUUUAAGUAAUUGCGAUAAUUCACAAGAAAUGAUGGAUAGAUACAGGACUUUAAUUACUAAGGAAAGCAGUUGCGAGAGUGUUAUUUUAAGAGAUAUUAAUAGAACAUUUCCUGCCCAUGACUUUUUCAAAGAAACAGGUGGUUUGGGACAAGAUUCUUUGUACAGAAUAAGUAAAGCGUAUGCAGUGUACGAUGAAGAAGUUGGAUAUUGCCAAGGACUUAGCUUUUUAGUUGCUAGUUUACUCCUUCACAUGCCGGAGGAACAAGCUUUUUGUGUUCUGGUGAAGUUAAUGUAUGACUAUGGUCUAAGAGAUUUGUACAAGGAUAGAUUUGACAACCUUCAUAUGAGAUUUUAUCAGCUUAAUAGAUUAAUAGAGGACCAGCUGCCAGAACUUUAUAAACAUUUUUGCGAUCGUGGUGUAGAAACACAUAUGUUCGCUGCACAAUGGUUUUUAACUCUUUUUACAGCCAGAUUUCCACUUUAUCUUGUUUUCCAUAUUCUGGACGUAUUCCUUUUACAAGGACUUGAUACAUUAUUCCAGGUUGCUCUCGCAUUAUUAAUGUUGUGCAAAAAGGAACUACUUCAAUUAGAUUUUGAGAGUAUAUUAAAAUACUUUCGGGUGCAUUUACCUAAACGUUGUCGAAACGAAGAAAUAUCGCGCUAUGUCAUGAAGUUAGCCUGCUCAGUUACCUUAAAGAAAUUAAAGAAGUAUGAAGCGGAAUUUAUGACACUGAAAGAAGCGCAAGAGAAUGCGGAUGAAUAUAGCAAUGAAGUAGAACAGUUACGGGGCACAGUAGCGAGAAAUGAGGAGGAAAAACAAAGAUUAGAAGCCGAAUUGGUUCAAGUCAAGGAAAUGCUACAACGAGAAGUAGCAAGAGCAGAUGCGGAAAGUAGGCGAAGCAAUAUUAUUAUUGCUGAAUACAAACAGAUUUGUCAACGUUUGGAAGAUGAUUAUAAUGCUGCAAAGACAACACUUAGUGAAUUGCGAACGAAGGUUUCGAAAUGUGAAAAGUGUAAAAGUUGUAUAAUGGAUUCGUCCAAUAUAUUAGCAGAUAUUGCACACCCUUUAGAAAACCGAAUAGAUCCUAUGUUGCACAGAGUGCAGGAGAGAGUACGAGAAUUAGAAUUGGAGUUAGCUCAAACAAAGCUAGCCCAUGUUGAAGCUGAAUGUAGAAACCAGGAUUUAACACAUCAAUUGCAUGCGACUGCUUCUGAACUUCAAGCAGCGAGAAACAGCUGGCCAUGGCUUAGUAAGACACUGUCGAGUAUAAAAGAAGCGGCGAAUAAAAGAGAAGUAAUAGCUCCGUCAUUAAUGAAAGAUCUUAGACGAGAUAGCGCACCCGGAGGUGAAAUGCAUCAUUUGAUACAUUCCCGUAAUCGCGAGACUCGUGAUAAUCUUAAAGAAGUUGUGUGAUUCAGUAAGUAUUCGAGUUAAAGUGCAUAAAUAUAACGAGGGACGCUAUUUUGAAGUAGAAAAAUAAACCUAAUUAUAAUAUAUUAUACACAUCUAUUCAAACGAAGUUACUUUAACCAGGCGAAGUGUUGGAAGAAUUCGUAUAUUACGAGAAAAGACCUAUUUGAAAUAUAAAUUCGAAUACACAAUGUACGUCCAUGAUUACAUGUAGUAUUCUACUUGACCUGUUUAUAAUAUACAUUCGGUAUAUUUUACGUCAGGUUCCUCGCGUGCACUAUUAAUCGCGUGCUUUUAGCGAUGUCAGCUUUAUCCUGCAACUCUGAUAUUAAUCUUGAUAUUACUUGUUUACAUUUGUUAAUCGUUUCAGUAUAUUGAUUUUUACCUAAACUUGGUUUGUGAAUUAUUAAUUUUAUUUGAAAUCCGGUUUUUAUGUAUUAAUAAGGAACUUCACACGAAAUUGGAAGUCCUAUAUUAAACAAUUGAUUAAGUGAUAGGGCACAUAUGGAGAUGCAAAAAAAGAUUACAAUAGAUGUUAGCGAUAAGUUCACUACGUUUUGUAUGAAACUAGUCUAAGACGUGGAAAAUAGAAAUACUAUUAUAGACCUUACUGUAUAUAAAUAGCUCUCUCUCUCUCUCUCUCUCUCUCUAUCUAUCGAUCUCUCUCUCUCUCUCUAUCUAUCUAUCGAUCUCUCUCUCUAUCUAUCGAUCUCUCUCUCUCUCUCUCUCAGGCAACUAACAGACGUAACAGACUGCGGAAAUCAGAGAUUCCACAUUUAGUAAAUUGGAUCAUGUAAAGCAAAUAAUGUUUCUGUAAUUUUCAUUUACUUUCUGUACGGAUUUAUUAUAAUGACAUUCCAAAAUCAUAAAUACAUGUGCGUUUUUUUUAUUAAACUCUUAUUUUAAUCGGUAUAUAUAUAAGGCUAUUGAUUAAAGAAUAUGUAUGACACUUAUUAAUGUAUGCGUCUUACAACUAAUUUUAAAUUGUAACGAGUAACGUAAAUUACAUGAAAGAGAAACAUUUCACAUUGUUUAAUUUUUAUAUGCAAUUUAUUGUCUGCUGAUGCUAUUAAUAAUCACGUUAAAUAAUACUGCAACAUUUUGCAGGUACAUUGGCAGCUGAACAAAAUAACUUAAUAUAAGACUAGAUAUAGUCUUUUACAAUGCAAAAUAUUUUUUCCGUUUACCUUAAUCUCCUUUUUUUCUUUCUUUUUUUUUCUUUUUUUCAUUUUUUUUCCUUUUUUUUGAAAAUUUGAUUAAUUCGCAAUCAGUAAACGACAUGUACGGGCGUGUGAUGCUUAAACGUAUAUUAAUUAUCAUUUGUCUCUUGCUUUGACAGAAUCUACAUAAAUUAGAUCUAAGGCCAUAAAUUAUGUCAAGGCACUACUUGAAGUUAGAAUUUAACCAAAUGUGUAAUAAACAUUUCUGUUACGUGAACAAUAAGACCGAGUAAAUAUUCAAGAAUGUUUAAAAAGAUAUUUUAGUUUGUAAAUCUAGCUUUGUGUGAAUGUGUGUAUGUGUGUGUAUUAAUUAGUGCCAUUCAUUUAAUGGAAUUACUGAUUAAUUUAUUUUGUACUUCUUGUUCUGUGAGUUAUCAAUUUAGAAUACCAAGAACUAAAUUAAAUAUCGUGCCGUUAUCUUGCAUCGUACAGUUUAUAGAAGAGAUUGGUAAUGAUUAUUUUUGUUUUGCUUUUUUUCCCAGUUGACGAUAAUUUAACUGCAUUAUUGUUAACGUAACAUUUACUACGUAUCAUAUACACGUUCGAAGCGAAGAUUAUGAUCACUUUAGAAAUUCGUACAAUAGCUAACAAUAAUCCUACAUCUGAUGUAUGAAACAAAAGAUGUACUUUCUGUAAAUACUAAAAAACAAUAUAUAUAAAGAUAAAUUACUAACAAGUCAUGUAAAGAUUUUAGGUUACUACACAUGUAUCACUGUACACCUUGUAAUGUCAUUCCACUUUUACUGAAAUAAAGUAAGAUAUCAUCUGUCUA